GGCCCCCGGCUCCCCUGCUCUUAACCCGCGCGCGGGGGCGUCCAGGCCACUGGGCUCCGCGGAGCGAGCCAGAGAUCAGUGCGGAGCCGGAGCCGCGCUCGUCCUGUCCCGAGGCCGACGCCAGCUCGCCGGCAUGGCCCCUGCAGCGGCGUCGGGUGGCAGCACCCUGCCCAGUGGCUUCUCGGUCUUCACCACCUUCCCCGACUUGCUCUUCGUCCUUGAGUUUGUCUUCGGGGGCCUGGUGUGGAUCCUGAUCGCCUCCUCCCUGGUGCCCAUCCCCCUGGUCCAGGGCUGGGUGAUGUUCGUGUCUGUGUUCUGCUUCGUGGCCACCACCACCCUGCUCAUCCUGUACAUAAUUGGCGCCCACGGCGGGGAGACUUCCUGGGUCACUCUGGACGCAGCCUACCACUGCAUCGCUGCCUUGUUUUACCUCAGCGCCUCGGUCCUGGAAGCCCUGGCCACCAUCUACAUGCAGGACGGCUUCACCUUCAAAUACUACCACGAAAACAUCUCUGCUGUGGUAUUUUCCUACGUAGCCACUCUGCUGUACGUGGUCCACGCGGUGUUUUCCUUAAUCCGCUGGAAGUCUUCAUAAAGCAGCAGCAGAACUUGAGCUGAAAACCCAGAUGGUGUUAACUGACCAGUCCACCUUCCAGCAUAACUUUUUAGAACACAGAAAUGCUCUCGAUGGUGGAACAAAAGAAAACGAACCCCCCAAAAUAGCCAUGCUCUGUUUCUGUGGGUGUCACAUUUAACUUUCAACUACUGCGCUGUCUUUCUAGGGUCACUUCCUGUUUGUAAAAGGGGGGCUUCCUGUCUGGGGGUGGGACGUGGGAACCGUGAUCUGAGAAGGAAACAAAGAUCCCCUGCUGACCCCUGGACCGGAUCUUGAGAACUGCACAUUGGAAUGUUCCACGGGAUCUUCUGAGCACCCCGGCUUCUGGCGUGUUUCUAAGUCUUCGUGGAUAUUCUGGUGUCGUGGGGACUAACAUGCACCCAACAGAUAUUUCCAGAUGUCUGUGGAGGAAGAUGAUAACCCUUUGAAAUACUUUAUAAAGUGCCUUUAUGUUCAGUA